ACGUCAUCCAAAAUCACCUAUGUGUCUCUCGAACUAAUUUCCUAUGGCUAGAUGUUUUUGUUGCAAUUGGAGUCUUUAGUGGUAUUGAAACAGUUCAAUUAAUGGUUUAGGAUCCGUCUUCCUGAUUAAGGAAAGAGAAUCAGUUUUCYAACCAUGAAAACAAAAUUGACAUUUGAAKAUAUUGUGCGAGCUGUUAYUGGUUUGCUUUGGGCUCUUCUMUUUCAAACAACUUCCAAAGCUGCAAAAUGUCACGUAUCGAUUAGCGGGAUUGCUCUUCGUGGUCAAACCGUGUCCUCUCUAUCCGCCGUGGAYAUUCUUGUCUGCUYCACGAAUUGCGAGAAAACGCCAGGCUGUCGAAGUGUAAACUACUACCUGAGGCGAUCGCUUUGCGAGCUAAACAACGGGACCAUUGAAAAGUAUCCUUUUAUGAAAGUCCAGGAUGGGGAUUCAACAUACUUCCAGAUACUUAAACCACUCCAAAUAUGGUCAUCCUGGAGUUCUUGGGAGCCAUGUGACUGUGGCAURACCACGCGUACCAGGACCUGUAAAAUAGACGCAUGUGAGGGGACCAGCCUGGAGAAAAAAAAUUGCAAUAUGGUGCAUACAACUAUCACAUCAAAGGAAGGAAAGCCGUGUGCUCUUCCAUUCAAAUACAAAGGUGUGUGUUAUAAGGCUUGUACAGACGUGGAUUGGAGUGCUAAAUGGUGUUCGUAUCAUACUGUGUACCAGGGCAGCUGGGGAUACUGCCCAUAAAUCCACUGAACUCUAAAAAGUACAUAAUAAGGUUUGGAUAAUUUGUGGCACCAACAAUCACAAAAUUUGAAUGCGUUGGUCAAGUCUUGCCUAUCAAAGUAGGAUCCUAAAUGCUUUUAUUAGAAAAUCGAGGACUGUCUGGUUUCUGCAUGGAUAGUUAUCGACUAAAUUUGUAAAUAUUUGAGUAGCAUCAACAAUCACAAAUUUUGAAUGCGMUGGUCAAGUCUUGCYCAUUAAAGUAGCAUCGAUCCUGAAWGUUUUUCUAAGAAAAUCUAGGRCUCUCUGAUUUMUGCAUGGACAGUGAUCGACUAAAUUUGUAGAUAUUGUGAAUAAUAAGAUCAAAGAUAAGUAAAAAAUAAAUAAAGCAAAUAAUAUUGUAAAUAGAAGAAUAAAGCCAGUUUAAACCUGUCUCAUCUCAAGAAACAAAGAACGAAUACAUAAACACUGCGAUAAUACAGCUAUUUGCAAUAAUUCUGAUCCACCUACCUUAAUAAACCUUAGCCUGUGUACAUCCGUUUCUCACCCCUCCAAAAAAAUAGGGAGGGGCGAGAAACGGAUGUACAC